AUGCAAAGUGCUGCAGUUAUAUUAUUGUUGGGUUUAAGCUCGCAUGUUAUGGCAGGAUAUUGGGGUGGCGGGGGUGGUGGUAGCGGCGGCGGAGGUGGCUGGUACGGUGGCAAUCGCGGCUGGUCUGGCGGCGGUGGCUCUUCAGCAUACUGGCCUAGCAAAUCGUACUAUUCGGGCGGCGGCGGUGGUGGCGGUUGGUCCGGCUCAUCGGGAUGGUCGUCCAAAUUCGGUGGCGGCGGUAGUGGUUUCGGCGGAUUUGGAGGCUACGGCGGCGGUGGCUCUAAAAUUGUGAAAGUGAUUACUCUGGGAGGAGGGAGCGGUGGCGGUGGCGGCGGUUGGCCUUAUGGCGGUGGUGGUGGCGGCGGCUGGAAAUCUGGUGGAGGCAGUGGCUGGUCUCUUGGAGGAGGCGGUGGCGGCCACCGUGGUUGGUCUUAUGGUGGCGGUGGCGGUGGUGGCAGUGGCUGGAAGUGGUAA